UGGAAAAUUGGGGAUCUAGGAUUAUCACAAUCUGCCGUAAAUAAUAAAUCAUCAAAUAAUGAUAUAUAUGGAGUUAUACCUUAUAUUGCACCAGAAAUAUUUAAAGGAUCUGCAUUUUCUAAAGAGUCUGAUAUUUAUAGUUUUGGUAUGAUUAUGUGGGAACUUACAACAGGUUGUAAACCUUUUGCUAAUGUUGAACAUGAUAUUCAUCUUAUUUAUAAAAUUCUUGAUGGAGAACGACCCAAGAUUACAAAAGAUACACCGGAAUACUAUGUUAGUUUAAUGAAAAGUUGUUGGGAUCCUGAUCCAAAAAAAAGACCAUCUAUGAGCUACAUUCAGUAUAGUUUUGAUAGUUUUUACCUUAGAGAUAAUAUAGAUUAUAAUCAAGCCGAAGCAAUAAGAAAGAAACUGAUAGAAUCAAAGAAGAUUGGUCCUGAAUUUGCCGAAAAAUGGCACUCGGAGGCAAUUUAUACAAGUAGGCCACUAAGUGCUUUAAUUUCUAAAUUAUCCACAAAUUCAUAUUCAACAAUUUCAUUUGGUAAUAAGCAAGAUUAUAAUUAUAAUUAUAUUUCGAAAGAAAAAGAGCUUGAUAUAGACAUUAAAAGAUAGUGGUAAAUAUUUAUUUGGCUUGACGAUGUUUAUUUUUUUAAAUUUAAAAUAUUUAAAGUAGGAAAACGUAUUAAAACUAG